CUCCCGUCCCACCAGCGUUUCUUCCGCUGCUGCUUCCUGGAGCCCCCGGCCCCUCUGGGAAGAAGCCACUGACAGCUUCCGCCGCCUCCUGCACGGGGCCAGGAUGCCUCCUCAACCGGCUCGGAUCGCCGCGGCAGUCUCCUUGCCCCGACCUUGCGGCGAGGGGCCUGGGGGUCGGACAGCAUCCCCGUAACUGGAGGUGGAGCCGGCCCCGCGGCCUCCGGGGCCCACCGCUUCUCCCGCCUCGCCCUCCUCCGUGCCUUGCCAGCCCUUGUGGCACCCCUGCGGCAGCCUCCUCCUGGGCGGGCCCCUGGCCAAGUGGGUCCGUGUCUAUGCAAAGCCGGGGCUGCCCUGAGGGCUCGUUGGCUCCUGUCGAGUUUACAGCUGUUUAAAAACAAAACCCGGUGGAUUUCGCUGUGCGGCGUCCAGGCUUGUUCACAGGGUGGGGGUGGGAGCGGCUCCGGGGGUGGCGCUGGGCUGAGGCCCCCAUGGCCCGCCUCGCCCUCAGCCCGGGGGUGCAGGGCCUGCGGGUGACUCACCCCUGCGACCCCUGACAUCACUGGGGCCAGGCUGGGGGGUCUGUGGGCCGCGUGAAGCCCCUUCCCUGGGCUUUCAAGGGUCUUCGCACCUCCCUCGUCCUGCGGGACCACCUGCUACGGCACGCCAACGGCAUGGCCAGUACGGUGGCCGGGGGAGGGGGCGGUCACACCGGCUGGUACGGUGGCCGAGAAGCCACGCUAGUAGGACUGCUUGGUACGGUGGCCGGGUGGGGGGGCGGAUAAGGGUUGACUGGCGAGCGCAGGCGGGACGGUGGCUGAAAGGGGACGCAGCGGGGGAACAGGGCCAUACGGUGGCCGAGAGGGGGACACACAACGAGGGAAACAGGCCCGUACGGUGGCCGAGAAGACGCUGAUUGGAGAAGCCGGGUGGUACGGUGGCCGAGAGGAGGUGCAGGGAGGGGCCAGGCCCGUACGGUGGCCGGCGGGCGCCGGGCGUUUCCCGGCGGCGCUCGCGCGGUGUGUAAACAAUGAAGAUGGCCGCCGCCAGGUCCUUGUGAGCGCGGGCCAGGCCGGGUGGGCCUAGGAGCCCGGGAGGGUUAGCCGGGCGAGCUCGGGGCCGGCUCCAGGGAGCCCCUGCCGGGGCGUGCUGCGGCCGCGAUGGACUUCUCCAGGUUCCUGGCUGACGACUUCGAGGUGAAGAGCUGGGUGAACGGGGCCUUCCGGGCCGGGCAGCAGGACGCGCCGGGCAAGGUGGACGCGCACGCGGCCACGCUCGUCAUGAAGCUGCAGCUCUUCAUCCAGGAGGUCAACAACGCGGUGGAAGAAACGAGUCACCAGGCGCUUCAGAACAUGCCGAGAGUCCUGCGGGACAUGGAAGCCUUGAAACAGGAAGCAACUUUCCUGAAGGAGCAAAUGAUCCUCGUGAAAGAGGAUAUUAAGAAAUUUGAAGAGGACACGGCUCAGUCAAUGCAGGUCCUGGUGGAGAUUGAUCGAGUGAAAUCCAGAAUGCAGCUGGCUUCCGAGUCGCUCCAGGAAGCAGACAAGUGGAGCACGCUGAGUGCAGAUAUCGAAGAGACCUUUAAAACUCAGGAUGUGUCUGUGAUCUCUGCCAAGCUAACCAGCAUGCAGAGCAGCUUGGCGAUGCUUGUGGACACGCCGGACUACUCGGAGAAAUGUGUGCACCUUGAGGCACUGAAGAACCGUCUGGAGGCCCUGGCCAGCCCUCAGAUUGUCGCCACAUUCAAUGCUCAGUCUGCGGAUCAGGCCAAAGUGUUUGUGAAAGUCUUCACCGAGAUCGAUCGGAUGCCCCAGCUCCUUGCAUAUUACUACAAGUGUCACAAGGUGCAGCUGGUGGCAGUCUGGCAGGAUCUUUGUCAGAGCGAUUUAAGCCUGGAUCGGCAGCUGACUGAGCUGUAUGACACUCUGCUUGGAACAUGGCACUCGCAACUCCAGUGGGCCAUGCAGGUUUUCAAGAACCCCCAUGAAAUCGUGACUGUGCUGCUGAUCCAGACGCUAGGGGCCUUGGUGCCUUCCAUCCCUGUCUGCCUCAGCACCGCAAUGGAGCGAGCAGGUCAGGAAACAAAGCUGCUGAAGCUGCUGGAGCUGUACGACACCACCCUGCACUUUGCACGCGGCCUGGAGGUUGCAAUGCUGCCUAAUCUACAAGAACAUAACUUGGUAAAAGUGAUGGAACUGGUGGAAGUGGUAUAUGGUCCAUAUAAGCCCUAUCAGCUGCAGUAUGGAGACCUGGAAGAAGAAAACCUCCUCAUCCAGAUCAGUGCAGUGCCCCUGGAGCACUGGGAAGUAAUUGACUGUGUCCAGGAGCUGAACUACUCGGUGAACAAAGUCUUCAGCUUGGCUUCUGCAGCCAUCGACAACUGCAUGAAACUCACGGAUGGACUGGGCGUGUGUGGACUCCUCAAGGCCCUCAGAGCUCUUUUUGCCAAGUAUGCAUCCGACUUCACCAACACUUUGCAGUCUGUACGGAAGAAAUGCAAACUGGAUGAUAUUGCUUCAGAUUCCCUCUUCCAGGAGGACUGGACUGCGUUCCAGAACUCCAUCCGAAUAAUAACAACUUGUGGUGAACUCCUUCGGCAGUGCGGGGACUUUGAGCAGCAGCUGGCAAACAGGAUUUUAUCCACAGCCGGGAAGUACCUCUCUGACUCCUACAGCCCCUGCAGUUUGUCCGGCUUGCAGGAUGCCAGCUUGGCUGACAAGAAGAGCACAGGCAAGAACCCCUGGCAAGAAUACAGUUACCUUCAGAAAGAGAACCCGGCUGAGCAUGCCAGCCUCCUGGAAACACUCUACACCUUGAAGGAGAAAGGCACAAGUAACCACAGCCUGCUGUCUGCAUCUCGAACUGCCCUAACUCGCCUCAAUCAGCUGGCACACCAGUUGGCGUUCGAUUCUGUUUUCCUUCGCAUAAAACAGCAGCUCUUGCUCAUUUCCAAGAUGGAGGGCUGGAGCUCGGGUGGCAUUGGCGAGACGCUAACAGAUGACCUACCAAACUUCAGCCUGACUCCCCUGGAAUACAUCAGCAAUAUUGGGCAGUAUAUCAUGUCCCUGCCACUGCAUCUCGAGCCGUUUGUUACACAGGAAGAUUCUGCUCUGGAAUUAGCAUUACAUGCUGGAAAGCUGCCAUAUCCCCCAGAGCAAGGGGACGAGCUGCCCGAGCUGGAUAACAUGGCUGACUACUGGCUGGGUUCCAUCGCCAGGGCCACGAUGCAGACCUACUGUGAAGUGAUCCUGCAGAUCCCGGAGCUCACUGUCCACUCCACGAAGCAGCUUGCCACAGAUAUCGAUUAUCUAAUAAAUGUGAUGGAUGCCCUCGGCCUUCAGCCGUCCCGGACACUCCAGAACAUUGUCACGCUCUUGAAGACCAAACCGGAAGACUACCGGCAAACAGCCAAAAGCAUGCCCCGCAGGUUAGCCAGCAACGUCGCCACCAUGAGGGGCCUGGAGUACUGAUGCAGAGGCUGUAACAAGCUGCAGAUGCAGAUGGUGUCCAGACCUUGUCUGAACUGAAUCUUUUCUCCACAAAAGUUUCUGAAGCUUGUGGGACCUGAUUGGGGGAAAGGGCGUUUAUUUGUGAAUUGUUUUAAUAAAGGUCUUCCUUUGGCAGGGUGAA